AAAGUUCAUUAGUCUCCUGCUCUUUGUUAAAGAAACAAGUCUGUGAAAAAAAAGUUCCGAAACAUGAGCAAUACUGACAAAUUGGAUUCAACUUCAGGAGGGCCUUGCAGCGGCAGCAGACCAACCGAGAACAAGAACAAGUCCAAAUCUCAACCCUUGGGCAAUCGCAAUCGCAAUAUGAAAUCUUCGUUUGGUCUUUCAGUCACCAAGAAAGAAGGAGAUACUAGUUCCAAAGACGAAAAUGGAUGCAUUUGUUAUCGCAAGAAGAAGGCCUACGAGUGCGGUCGGUGUCAUCAAUAUUUUUACGGACGUGUAUGUGAAAUUUGUCCCAUCCACAAGGAGAUCUUUUUAAUGGAUUUUCAACGUUGUCCCUAUUGUGCGGCUCCCAUCGAGCAGAUUAAAGACGCUCCAAUGAGUUGGGAUGAAAUUCGUAAAAUGGAAGAUGCUGAAUUACCCAAUGCAGACGAGGGCUUGUAAAUUUGAUCUGGAGGAAUGCAUUUCACAAACAUUGAUUGUAAUUUUUUGUUUAACAUUAAACGAAGUUAAUAUGUA